ACACCAUGGCCGAGGUUGUGGAGGAAGUGAUUGCCCAGAUUCAGGAAAACCUGACCGCCACCGUUGAUGGGGCUGGCGAGGAAGCGGCCCCCACGAACGCAACCGGGAAAACACCAUCAACACCGGAAGGCAUGGCACUAGCGUAUGGUACACUGGUCGUGAUGGCCCUGCUGCCAAUCUUUUUCGGCUCGCUGCGCUCCGUCAAGCACCACAAGGAACAGUCGACGGCGUUUGCGAAAACGGGCGAAAAGCCAGACACGAUGUCGUCCAAGGACGCUAUGAUGUUCCCCAUCAUGGCAUCGUGCGCCCUAUUCGGUCUGUACAUGUUCUUCAAGAUCUUCUCGAAGGAAAACAUCAACUAUCUGCUCACCGGAUACUUUUUCUUCCUCGGUGUGAUGGCACUGUCGCACCUGCUAAGCCCGGUCAUUAGCUCGCUGAUACCGGCCUCCAUACCGAAGAUCCCGUAUCAUCUGUCGUUCGUGCAAGGGCCACAGGAAGGCGGUGAGAAGAAGGGCAAGGAAAAGAAGUACCUUAUCGAUUACCGGUUCACGACGCACGAUGUGGUGUGCUUUAUCGUGGCCCUAAUAAUUAGCGUGUGGUACCUGGUGCAGAAGCACUGGAUCGCUAACAAUCUGCUCGGUCUGUCGUUCGCGGUAAAUGGGGUAGAGCUGCUGCAUCUGAACAACAUUGCGACCGGCUGCAUACUGCUUUGCGGUUUGUUUGUGUACGACAUCUUCUGGGUGUUUGGCACGAACGUGAUGGUGACGGUGGCAAAAUCGUUCGAAGCACCUAUCAAAAUCGUGUUCCCGCAAGACCUUAUGACGAAUGGGCUGUCCGCAUCGAACUUUGCUGUGCUCGGGCUGGGGGAUAUCGUUAUACCGGGCAUUUUCAUUGCGCUGCUGCUGCGCUUCGACAAUAGCUUGAAGCGAAAAAGCAAGACCUACUUCUACGCCACCUUUAUCGCGUACUUCGUCGGUCUCCUGGCAACGAUAUUCGUCAUGCACGUGUUUAAACACGCACAGCCCGCACUGUUGUAUCUGGUGCCGGCCUGCUUAGGUACACCGCUGCUACUUGCGGUGCUCAAGGGUGAUCUGAAGAAACUGUUAGCAUACGAAGACCACCCGGAAGAGAAGCCGAAGGCAUCAAAAAAGGAAAAUAACACGAGCGCGGAAAAAUCUACCCCACCAGCGAAAAAGGAAACGAAAGCAAAGAAGGAAGCGAAAAAGGCCAAGUAAAACCGAUCUCAACUCCCGGCAACCGUUCC